AUGAAAAGAGUGACAACAAGAGAAAAGAUAGAAUGUUCAGAACUGUGCAAGACAAUCAGGAAGAAAACAAGACAAAAUCUGAGAGAAGCAAACACCAAGAGAAUCAGAGAAGCAGUUGAAAGUGGCAAAGGGUUGAAAAAGAGCACAACAGGAGAUGGAAAGAAGGCUCUGAUUCAAGCACUGAAGGAGAAGGAUGGAAAGGUAACAACAGACAGAAAAAGAAUCCUCGAGAGAUGUGCAGAAUUCUAUCAGGCACUGUACGAAGAUCCCUCCCAAAACAUUCAGUUGAGACCAGCAGAAGAGACUCCAGUAAUCAUGAAAUGUGAAGUGGAGAAAGCAAUCCAUCAGAUGAAAAACGGAAAAUCACCGGUGAAGAUCUUGUGGUGA